AUGAGUUUAAGUACUUAUCAAUUUGAUCAAGUUAGAGUGAGGAAUAAGCUUGCCCGUAUGGUCAUCCUACAUGAAUAUCCUCUUUCAAUGGUUGACCAUAUUGGGUUUAAAGAAUUUGUGACCGAUCUUCAACCUAUGUUUAAACUUGUCACAAGAAAUACUUUGAAGAGUGACAUUUUUAAGAUCUAUGAUAAUGAGAGGGAGAAAGCUUUGAAGAUGAUGGACAAGAAUGGAAGUAAGGUGGCCAUUACAACCGAUAUGUGGACUUCAAGUAACAAAAAGAGAGGGUUUAUGGUCAUUACCGCUCAUUUCAUUGAUCAUACUUGGAUGUUGCAAAGCCGGGUUCUAAGGUUUGUUUAUGUUCCUUCUCCACACAUAAAAGAAGUUCUUGCUGAAGUCCUUGUUGAUUGUUUUUUAGAGUGGAACAUUGAUAGGAAGUUGUCUACAAUUACUGUUGAUAAUUGUAGUACUAAUGAUGCCAUGAUUAGACUUCUUUUGAAUAAGCUUGAUACUAGUUCUCUUAUGUUGGGUGGGUCUAUGUUGCAUAUGAGGUGUGCUGCACAUAUUUUGAAUUUGAUUGUUCAAGAUGGGUUGUCUCUUAUUGGUGAUGGUAUUGAGAGGAUUCGUGAUAGUGUGAUUUAUUGGACUGGAUCACCAAAAAGAAGGCAAAAAUUUGAAGAAAAUGCACGUCAAUUGCGUGUUCAAUGCACCAAAGAGUUAGUCUUAGAUUGUAAAACUCGUUGGAAUUCAACUUACUUAAUGCUUUCUACUGCAUUGAUUUAUAAAGAUGUUUUCUCACGUUUGGCUAAACGUGAAAUAUCUUAUACUUGUUUACCAUAUGAUUAUGAUUGGGAGUUAGCCAAAGAUAUUUGUGGGAGGUUGGAGUUGUUUCAUAGUGCGACUGAGUUUUUCUCUGGUCGUAAGUACCCUACAACUAAUAUGUAUUUUAAUGUGGUGUGUGAGUUGAAAAUUGCAUUGAAUGAAUGGAGUGUGUAUUCAAAUGAGAUGAUAAGUACGAUGGCGGAAAGUAUGCUUGCUAAGUUUAAUUCUUAUUGGGCUAAUGUUAGUGUUGUUAUGGCUAUUGCUGCUAUCUUAGAUCCAAGAUAUAAGAUGAAGUUAUUAGAAUUUUAUUAUCCUAAAAUUUAUGGUGAUAAUUCUAAUUUGGAGAUUGAAAAAAUUAAGAAUCUUUGUUAUGAUUUACUUGAUGAGUAUGGUGAUAUAAAUGAGUCCUCUGUUGAGUGGGGCAAUGUCAUCUUUUGCUAA